AUGGCGACUUCUCCACUUCCCAUCUUACGCAGGGAAACAACUGAACCAAAGACUUUUAACGACGCUGUCUGGCGUCGAGUAUUCAACCAUCGGCGAGAGAGUUCCCGAAUUCCUCGUGCGGUUGUCAAUGCCUCAAGUGUUGAGCACGUCAAGGCUGCAGUUCAGCUCGCAAAUCAGGAAAAAUGUAGAGUGUCUGUCCGCAGCGGCGGUCACAGCUGGGCAGUGUGGAGCGUGCGCGACGAUGCUAUCCUUGUUGAUCUAGGUGACUUCAGCUUCAUCGAAUAUGACGAGAAGAGCAAGAUUGUAUCAUGCUCACCGAGCACGACGAGCGCGGAGUUGAUGGAAUUUCUUAAUGCUCGAGGCCGAUUCUUCUCCACUGGACAUUGUGGAGAUGUAGCCAUGGGAGGGUUUCUGCUAGGAGGCGGCCAAGGGUGGAAUGCAAAGAAUUGGGGACAUAGCAUCGAACAGAUGGUGGCGAUUGAUGUCGUGACAGAAGAUGGCAAUGAAAUUCACUGUAGCGCUGUCGAAAACGAAGAACUCUUCUGGCUUGCACGCGGCGGUGGUCCAGGAUUUCCGGGCAUCAUCACGAGCUUUUCUUUACAAACUAGACCGUUUACCGCCGUAUAUCGCACUCUGCUUGCAUGGCCUGUCACCGAGAUACCGACCGUUAUGAACUGGGUUACAAAGGUCUGCGACGAGUUUGACACUGAUACUGAGCUCGCGAGCUUUGUCCUCUACCCUCCUGAGAGCCCGGCACCGGUCAUAGCUGCACUUUUCAUCAGUCUCAAGGGAAGUGUUGAGGAGGCCAAGCAGGCUUUGCAGUCGCUAAAGGCUGACCAGCCCGCCGGAGCUCUGACUGAGGGGAUUGCCGUCCCGACCACUUUCAAGGCGGAAUAUGCUUUCCAAACUAGCACGCUCCCUGAUAAUUACAGGUACUGUGUAGACUCUGUUUGGCUCUCGAACGAUGCCGACGUGGGCGCAUUGCUCGCUGAGCCAGGACGCACUAUUCCAGGGAAAACAACCACAAUACUCUACCAGCCCAUCACGAGUUCGCAGCGACCAGUUAAAGGUGACCCUGCCUUCUCUCUGCAGACUAAACACUACGUCUCUCUUUACUGCGGUUGGCCGAAUGCUGAAGACGAUGAAGCGCACAUUCAGUGGGUAGACAAAACCAUCAAUAGCUUCAAGCCGCACAGUGUUGGUUCCUUGGUAUCAGAUUUUGACUUCCAGAGGCGCGAGACGAAGCAUUGGAGCGAAGGAAAGGGUGAAAAGGUCAUGGCUCUGCGAAAGAAAUAUGAUCCUGCUGGACGUUUUGCUGGGUUUUUAGAUGCUGGCGAUAAGAGCGGGCCGGAUGGUCUUCGAACCAGUUUUUAG